UUGCCUUAUCCAAGCUCCCAAAGUCUCAGUUAUCUCUCUCUCUCUCUAAAAAAACCCCAACAGAUUGCAGAAAUAGACAUGGCUAGGCAAAUAGAGCCCCUCGUUGUCGGAAGAGUUAUAGGAGAUGUCAUAAAUUCCUUCUUUCCAAGUAUCAAGAUGAAUGUCACCUAUAACUCCAACAAGCAGGUCUGUAAUGGCCAUGAAUUCAUGCCUUCUACUGUCAUACAGAAGCCUCGUGUCGAAGUUAGUGGUGGUGAUUUGAGAACUUUCUACACAUUGGUCCUCACUGACCCAGAUGUGCCCGGCCCAAGUGAUCCAUACUUGAGGGAGCAUCUGCACUGGAUUGUCACAGAUAUUCCGGGAACCACGGAUGCUACUUUUGGCAGGGAAAUUGUGGGUUACGAAAGCCCACGGCCAAGCAUUGGGAUCCACAGGUUUGUAUUUGUUCUGUUCAAACAGAGAGGAAGACAGACUGUCGGUUCGCCAUCGUCACGAGAUCGUUUCAAUACUCGAGAGUUUGCCGAACAGAACCAACUCGGUCUGCCCGUUGCUGUUGUUUACUUCAAUGCGCAAAGAGAGACAGCAGCUAGAAGGCGCUAGUUUAUGUGCAAUAAGAGAGAGACCACUUCUAGACAGAAAAAUAACAGACUGUUUCCAUUAGUAAGGAAAUAACUGAAAUCCAUGAGUGUGAGAGUAUCAUACUAUUUCUAUGCCUUUGAGUCAGAGAUUAUCAGUGUAUCAUGGUAUCACCAGAAGUGAGAAAAAAUCAGACUGUCUUGAGUGUUAGAAAAUAGAAAGUUUCAUGCUAUUGCAAUAAGUGAGAAUGAGUAUUGCUGCCAUGAAUGUAAAGUGAUGUGGGAGUAAGUAUCAGACUGGUUCCAUGAAUGAACUGAACCUGCACACAAAGUUUACCAUAGAUUUUAGGGUUUCCACCAAGGGUGGUGGUGCAAGUGUGCUCAGUGUACUUUUAGGGUUUUUCUAGGGUGAAAUAAUGCAAUAUGCUGUUUCCUUUGAAAUUGAUGUGUUGGAAGACGUGUCAGAUUUUGGA